CAACGCACCAUGCUUUAUAUUCUCAUCGUCAUUGUACUACUGAUCUCCUUAAGCAUCCCCCGAAGUUAUGGGGUGACGGACACCAUUGCACCUGGUCAAGCACUCACCGUCCACGAUAAGCUCGUCUCUAAAAAUGGCAGGUUGCAAUGGCAUGACUGUAUUUCGAUACACUGAUUUACAACGUGCGACUAAAAAAUUCUCAGAGAAGCUAGGAGGUGGUGGGUUUGGUUCUGUAUUCAAGGGGUUUCUAAAUGACUCGACUACCAUAGCGGUGAAGAGACUUGAUCAUGCUUGUCAAGGGGAGAAGCAAUUCAGAGCUGAAGUGAGCUCUAUUGGAAUCAUCCAACAUAUAAAUUUAGUCAAAUUAGUUGGUUUCUGUUGUGAGGGUGCUAGAAGGUUGCUUGUUUAUGAACACAUGCCAAAUGGCUCCCUUGAUAUCCAUCUAUUUCAUAGCCAUGCUGCAUUAUUAGAAUGGAGUACAAGAUAUCAAAUAGCCUGGGGAGUUGCCCGAGGAUUGGCCUACUUGCAUGAGAGCUGUCGAGCUUGCGUAAUACAUUGCGAUAUCAAACCAGAGAACAUUCUCCUUGGAGAUUCAUUUGUCCCGAAAAUUGCAGAUUUUGGGAUGGCCAAGUUUUUGGGAAGAGAUUUUAGCCGAGUCCUAACUUCAAUGAGAGGAACUAUAGGGUACCUUGCGCCUGAAUGGAUCAGUGGUGUGGCUAUUACACCAAAGGUUGAUGUUUAUGCCUAUGGGAUGGUUCUAUUGGAAAUUAUGUCUGGAAGGCGGAAUUCUUGCGUUCCAUGUUCUUGCGGUAACAAUCAUGAUGUCUAUUACCCUGUGCAUGUUGCACAGAAGAUUCUUGAGGGAGAUGUUAGGAGCUUGCUGGAUCAUAGAUUACAUGACAAUGUGAAUUUGAAGGAAGUUGAAAUAGUUUGCAAGGUUGCAUGUUGGUGCAUUCAAGAUAAUGAGUUUGAUCGGCCAACUAUGGUCGAGGUGGUUCAGAUCUUCGAGGGUCUACGUGAAAUUAACAUUCCUCCAAUGCCUAGACUACUUCAAGCUAUUGCUGGAAGCUCAAGUUCCACUUGCUCCUAGUCCUCUUUUAGCCAAAUGUUUGUGCUAAAGUAUCCAUGGAUAUGUUUGUGUGCUUAGAUCCUGUUAUGAAUAAUCAUGGUUCUUGGAGCCAUAUAGUACUCCUAUGCACGUCCAGAGAUUACCGAUUCAUGCGGAUCAUGGACGGUGAUGGUGGCAGUUCGUGCAGGUGGUAGCUUAAGAAUACGGUUAGUGGUUAGUUGUGCAUUGGAGUCCUGUAAUCUUACUAUCUCUGUUUGUUAUACAUAUAAACGCCAGAAAAUAAUGUCUGUAA